UGAUAGGCCACAGCUGCCACAGCCGCCAUCAUGUUCACCAAAAAGAAGAAGUCUCGUAUCCAGAUCUCCGCUCCAUCCAACUUUGAGCAUCGCGUACAUACAGACUUUGACGAGCAGGAGCAGAAGUUUGUCGGGUUGCCGCGGCAAUGGCAGUCACUUAUCGAAGACACAGCCAGAAGGCCAAAACCCUUUAUCGACGUGACUGUCAUCACUACUGUAGAGCCACGCAAGACAAUUGUACGUGGCAGCAAGCUUGGAGUGGAUGGCUCUCUGACCUGGCUGUUGGAUGAGUUUGACACCAUGUCUGUGACUCGCUCCAACUCCCUGAGACGGGGCAGCCCUCCCAUCCAGCCUCGCAAGGACUCUAGUUCUUCAGUAGGGGGGCAGGAGAACGGAGAUCCUCACCACAGACACUACUCACACCCAGACAAAGACCGACUCAGGUCAGACCACCACCACAGUGGAGGUGACCCCCGUCAGGGUCAGCGCGCACUCCGCCCUCCUCAGUGGGAUGAGGGAGUCCAGGGUCGGCCCCAACAGCAGCCCCGGGGCCAAGAGCCCAGCAGGGCCCACAGGGACAGACCAGGCUCCGGCCCUCCUCCUCCCCCUCACAGGGACAGAGAGCCUCGAGACCGGGACCAGGUGGAUCAACCCAGUGACCACAGGCCAAAGUCCAGCUACAUGGUGCGGGAUGGCAGCCCUCAGUCUCCCAGGGACAAGAGGCCUCUCUCUGGGCCCAACAUCCGUACUCCAAACCUGCCAGUAACAGAGGGGGUCAUGAAAACUGCCCAACAGACCACACGGCCAUUUAACACCUACCCAAGGACGGACAGCGAGGGCGGACGCAGCCCCACAGGACAGCCGGUUCGACAUCAUGAAUCCUCCCCUCAAAAUGGCCCUUCUAGUGGCUCCUCACGAGCUUCCUCUGGCUCCAAGCCCCCUGUAAGCCACCCGCACCCUCAUCACACCUCCCACCCCAGCCUGACCCCUGAGGCCACCCAGCAACCACACACCCCUCACCCCAACGUUCCAGCCCCACGACCCCCUGUGCCCUCUGGGCCCCCAGCAUCAGGUGCUCCGUCACAGGGCCGCUCACCGCAGAGGGAGCCCCAGAGGGUUUCCCAUGAGCAGUUUAGAGCGGCGCUACAAAUGGUGGUGGAUCCUGGCGAUCCUCGGACCUACCUGGACCACUACAUUAAGAUAGGGGAGGGGUCCACGGGAAUUGUGUGCAUCGCCACGGUGAAGACCACCGGGAAACUGGUCGCCGUGAAAAAGAUGGACCUGAGGAAACAACAGCGCAGAGAACUUCUCUUCAACGAGGUGGUGAUCAUGCGGGACUACCACCAUGAGAAUGUGGUGGAGAUGUACAACAGCUACCUGGUGGGAGACGAGCUCUGGGUUGUCAUGGAGUUCCUGGAAGGAGGAGCUCUCACUGACAUUGUGACACACACCAGGAUGAACGAGGAGCAGAUCGCCACAGUGUGUCUGUCUGUCCUGAAGGCGUUGUCUGUCCUCCACUCACAGGGUGUGAUCCACAGAGACAUCAAGAGUGACUCCAUCCUCCUCACUCAUGAUGGCCGC